UCUUUUUUAUAUUUACAAAAAUUCGAACAUAAGUAGUGCCCUCUAGAACGCAUAGAAUCGAUCAUUUUUUUAAUUUACUAUUAUCGAUCGAGUAAUCGAAGCUACUGUUUACUUAUUUAGAAUGUAAAUGAAUAUUUAACACGCUAAUUAAUAUCAACGACGAAGAUUAUUUAUCGAAAACAUUAUUGUGAACGUUUUAUUUGCUUUUUUCUUCUUUUCGUUAUUCACGAUAACAAAAAGAGAAUAAUCUUAUGGUUAAAAUAUAACAUUCAUCGUAUUUUCUCGCGAUUUAUAACGUUAUUGAUUACCGCACAAAAAUAAUCGAAUCAUUAGACAUCUUAAUGAUUUUAAUACUAAUAUCUUCUAAAAGAAGCUUAUAAAAAUUUAAUUCGAAUCAAUGAACAUGCCGAUGGAGCGUUAAAUUGAGGUUAAAAUAGCACGAUCGAGAAUAAUCAGACGUAUUCGUCGUUCAAAGUAAAACCUUUCUUCGUAUAGCGUAUAACAGACCUACUAACAUUUCACGAACAUGAAAAAUAAAUAGGAGGGUGUGCCUUUGAUUCGAUCGCGAUUUCCUUCGUGAAUACUUUUAGAUCGUACCGUGAGAAACUCGAUUGUAACGCCGAUCGAUCGUAACAUUUUUGCGAACUUGACCCCGACGAGUUCUCGUACUACACGAACUAUGCGAUCGUAACUAGAGCUUAAAGUAUUCGAGUAAUUUAAUAUUCCAGUACAUUAUAGAUACACCAAUUUUGUAAUUGAUUACUCAACGCGUAACACAAUCAACAUACUUUUACGUAAUUGUAAAUGUACCUUUAUAAAUGACUCUAUAUCUAAGAUCGAGAAGAAAAAUAACCUCAAUUUUCUAAUUUAUUUAAAUUCUUAAACGAUUAUAUCGUAAUUAAUCAAACAUGAAAGAAUGUAUUAUAUUAUAAAUUAAACUAGCAAAUAAUACCUUGUAAUUAGUUGGACGUAAAACUAUUUAAUAAUUCGAUACUUGUAAUGAACGUAGUGCGUAAAGUUCGUUGGGACGUUCGAAGUAGCUUACUUGUAAAAUUCAUUGGUAAGUGAGAGAGUUAGGUCGGUAAGGUAGAUCAGGAAACAUAAGAAAGAUAUACCUGUGACAGUUACAAGGCGCACGGUCGACCUCAGUGGAACACGGAAAAAGUUCAUACUUCGGUCAUACUUUGUCCAGUGCGCAAACUCGACCAGUCGUUCGACUCGCGGUGGCCGUUCUUUCUUUCUCUUUCUCUUUGUCUUUCUCUUUCUCCUUCUCCUUCUCUCUCUCUCUUUCUUUCUCUCGUUCUCUCCUCAACUUUAACCCCACCAAACGACCGACUUAACCAUGGAUCAGUACCGACAUCUUUCGAAACGGGAACCCUACAAUCUACGAUCGAACAAACUUCUCGAACAUAUUCAAAAGCGACCUAAACCGAAUCUACAUUUUAUCUUUUCUGAAACAGUUUCUGCACAGUCGAACAAAAACACUAAUCCCACUUAUAACAACACUGUAAAAAAUAAAAAAAAAAGAAAAAGAAAAGAAAGGAAAAAAAAAGAAAAAAAGAUUAUCACCUGUAACGUUAUAUCCAUACUUGUUAAACGUCUCUGUUACGGGACAAUAAUUAAAAAACGAAUACUCCUAAAAAACAAGAUUACAAUUACGUGUAAUCGUUAUUUAAUAAUCGUAACUAAGAGAAAACAAACAUAAAGAAAGAAAGAAAGAAACAGUAGAGACAAUGUAGUUUUCAUUCUUAAAUAAAAAUCGAGUACGGUGGCAACGAAUACGACGUGUACGUACCUGGCCCGAUAUCAUCCCUCUCGCUUUCUCUGAGAUUGGGCGAUGCCGUUGUUGGCGCCGUGUUUUUCUGUCUCACUCUUUCGCUCGUACUUCCCCUUAGCAAGCCUUGCGCCACCUGGCCGACGAAAGGUCUGGGAAUCUCUCUCGCUGGGUUGCGACUCCCCACCAAUGGAGCAUCGCGUUACCCCCACUCCAGCUCCACGGCGUAGCAUCGGGUACAAUGGAGGGGGGUGAAGCAGAGGGGCGCGCGGGUUGGACGGCAGUCCUUCGACGGAUGCCUCGUCGUAGAGAAGUUUCGCUUCUCUCUGUUAUCCUCGCGAGAUAUUACAAGAAGAAAGGACGAUCGUGUUCGUAGCCUUUUACUACCUUUCGUCGUGCUUCUUAUUCAAACCUUUUCCGUGUUGUGUGUCUCUGUGUUAUUGUCUCUCUUUCAUAAACUAUCGUCACUUUUCUCUUUCUCUCUUUCUUUCUCUCUCUCUCUCUCUCUCUCUCUCCUCUUCUCUGUCCUUGUCUUUCUCGUGCGAACGACCUACCACCCCUAUGUAGCCGAAGCUCUCGGUUUAGGUUAGGGCAAACCUAACUACUCGUUGUCAACGCCGCGUGCUUCGAAACCGGCUGUUAGUUCAUUUUUAGCUGUGAUUAUCUUCCAGUAUUUUCUUUUUUUCCUUCUUUCUUUCUUUCUUUUUUUCUUUCUUUUUAAGUGCCUUCUAUCUAUCUCUUUCUAUUUUAUUCUCUUGUUUUCUUCCUUUUCUCUUCCUUUCUUUAUCUCUCUCUUCCUCUCUUUCUCUCUUUCUUUCCUUCUCUCUCUGCCUCUCCCGUUUAUGUGAACAAAGAUCUCGAGGAAGGAGAUUCAAGCAGAUUCAAGUUCGAGGAUCUUUCGUGGCUCCGUGAGAGAUCGUCGAGAGAAGAACAGCCAGUCAUCUUUUUUUCUUCGCUUCUUGACCUUCCUUGUCCUUACUGGAUAACCGAUAGCUCCGAUAUUUUCAUCGCGAAAAGGACGUUUCUCUUCGUUGGACAAUAUGAUUUAACGACUUCGGUACUCCAAAUGUUGAUUAGCGGCCAAUCCAAACGUGAGAAGUUGUAUGAUCAUCAACGUUUAGAACGAUAAAAACUGAAAAAGAAAUUAAUGGAAUGAAUUCGUCUAGUGCCUGGUCGUCCAUUGAUGGCAUAGAAACACAUCCUCUUUUCACCCUCCAUUCAUAUUCCCUCUUUCAUCUUUAUCGAGAGAGGAGGGCGAAUCUAUCGAGUGAGUCCCUAUAAAGCACCCUCGACUCUAUCGUCUUUCAUCGUCCUCGUCAUCGUCAUCGUCAUCGUCAUCGACGUCGUCACCAUCGUCGUCACUAUCGUCCUUGGACAAAAGAGCUACGUCAAGAACAGAAGGCUCAGCUUUGCUGAAUCGUUGCUCUCCUCGCCUAAAAGAAACCAGACGAGAGCAUCCAUCGACACUGCCCUCUUCGUUGUUACAUCGCUUUGUUCUCUUCCUUCUUUCGUCCUCAUUCAUCUCAACUUCCUUUUUAUUACUUUCUAAAAUCAAGAGAAGAGAGAUAAUUACGCAUCGAAAAUCAAUUUCAUCCGGAACACUAAAACCGGCCGGAUCAAAUUUCGACCGGCGAAACGAGCGAUUUUUCAGAUUGCUGCGUUUACACGGCAAGCGUGUCCCAUGAAGUCGACGGACGACGUUACGAGAGUAGUCGAGGAGUCGAGGUUCAUACCAAUCGACGCGAGACAAGGAGUUCGUUCGAUGGGCGAAAGGUGAAUAUCGAAGUGAAAGAGAAACGAAGAAACGAGAAAAAAGUGGAAGAAGUGGAAGAAGAAGAAAAAGAAAAAAAAGGAGAGGAAGAGAGAAAAUUCGACAAGAUGUAUAAAAUCUUACGUCGAGGUUCUGGACGUGUAUUCGUCCUAUGCGUUGUCGUACUAUCUCUCCUUCUCUGUUUUUAUUACGUGAAUCAGACCCAAGCACCGUCCACCGCCUCAUCGGCGGCCAUUUUAAACGAGGAGCUUCGAUACGAUCGAAGCUUGACGUCUAUCACGCCGGAUUACAGCGAAGUACCAGAUUCUAGAAUAUCAUUGGCCACUUGUCCUGUCACCGAAUCACGACCUGCGGACAUCGAUGCACAGCGAGAAUUUGAGAAGUUCGAUUUCCAGCCAUCUUGGAUGCGAAGUCGAGAAUAUUGGGACGAUAGCUUCGAGGCACGUUACGCUGAACUCAGGAAAGAUCCCACGAGGCCACCUUUGAAGGUGAUCCUGGUACCACAUAGUCACACCGAUCCAGGAUGGUUGAAGACAUUCGAGCAAUAUUUCCACAGUUCGACGAGGAGUAUUUUAAACAACAUGGUCUUGAAGUUACAACAAUGGCCGAAUAUGACGUUUAUCUGGAGCGAAGUGUCCUUUUUAUCACUCUGGUGGGACAGUGCUCAUCCAACGAAGAAGGCGGUCGUAAAGAGAUUGGUCAAGGACGGACGUCUAGAAAUGACUACGGGAGGGUGGGUGAUGACGGAUGAGGCAACUUCUCACAUCUACGCUAUGUUGGAUCAAUUGAUCGAAGGACAUCAAUGGCUGAAGACGAAUCUAGACGUGACUCCAGAGUCUGGUUGGUCCGUCGAUCCAUUCGGUCAUGGUGGAACGAUUCCUUAUUUCCUAAAAGCUUCUGGCGCGACGGGAACGGUAAUUCAAAGAAUACAUUACGCUUGGAAACAAUGGUUUGCGAAGAAACAGUACGGUGACUUCAUUUGGCUCCAACCGUGGGAUCAGAAUGGUAACGCCGACAUGUUGACGCACAAUCAACCCUUCGACAUCUACAACAUCAAACACUCCUGCGGACCACAUCCACACGUUUGUCUCAACUUCGAUUUUCGUAAGAUACGAGGCGAAUACACCGAAUAUUCUGUUAGAGCAGUUGAAAUCACACCGAAUAACGUCAAACAAAUGGCCGAAUUACUUUUGGAACAAUAUUCGAGAACUGGUUCUCUCUUCAAUCACAAUGUCGUAUUGAUGCCUCUCGGAGAUGAUUUCAGGUACGAUCAUGCGAUCGAAUGGGACCAGCAGUAUACGAAUUACAAAAUCCUCAUGGAUUACAUAAACAGUCGCAAGGAAGAAUAUAACGCCGAGGUAAUCUUUGGUACCCCGAAAGAUUACUUCCAAGAAAUUCAGAAACGAGUAGAAAAAUUCCCCACCUUAAAGGGAGAUUUCUUCGUCUAUUCGGAUAUUUUCAGCGAGGGUAGACCAGCUUAUUGGAGCGGUUACUUUACAACAAGACCAUACAUGAAGAUUCUUGAUCGAGAGUUGGAAGCUAAUUUGAGAUCAGCCGAAAUACUUUAUACCAUCGCUUUGAACGUAGCUAAACAAUCGAGAAAAGACAUAAAACUCUACGAGACAUAUUUCGAGAAACUUGUGAAGGCUAGAAGAAAUCUUGGAUUGUUUCAACACCACGACGCUAUCACGGGAACUUCCAAAUCAUUUGUGAUGAAGGAUUACGCGUUGAAACUCUUUGAAUCAAUCUCCGACACUACCAGCUUGCAAAGUUUCGCGAUUCAAUCGUUAGCUGCUACAACUAACAAACCAAACUCUGUCUACGUCUUGGCGGAAUCUGAUAGAGACAGCUAUGAAAAACUCCCAAAGAAGAUACCAAUCAACAUGAAUGACCAAGAGACACGAAAGAUCGUUCUAUUCAAUCCUCUUGCUCAACCAAGACAGGAGGUGAUCAGUCUAAAGGUUACUUCGUACAAGGUACGAGUGUUGGAUCCACAAAAGAACCCGAUACCUUACCAGAUAGCACCAGUGAUGAACGCUACAAGCAUUACGCACGACGUUUACGUUCUCCUCUUCGUGGCAGAAUUGAAACCGCUUGCGAUAGCGACCUACCAUCUGCAACAAGUGGACAAAGUCUCUAUGGACGCGAUAUCUACGAUCUAUUGCAGUAGAUGUGGUAAGGACAAUGUUUUCACGAUAAAACCAAUGCAAAUCGGAGACGUACAAUUGGAAAAUCAUAGGAUGAAAUUGCUCUUCGAUGGUCAAACCGGUUUCUUAAAACGUGUUGCAAAAAAAUCAACCGGUAAGAUAAUGCAAUGCGCCAUACAAUUUGCCGCAUAUCCAUCGGCACAAUUCCAUAGUGGCGCUUACCUAUUCAUGCCGGAUCCAAAUUUACGUGAUACAGAUAAGGACGUACUGGAGGCUUACACACCGCAUCAAAAGAUUUAUAUCAUCAGUGGCAGCCUAAGUUCACGUUUAACGGUCGAAUAUGGUAAAUUAUUGACUCAUCAUGUGGCGAUAUAUCACAGAGACGGUGGCUUGGGCGAAGCAAUAUAUCUCAGGAACAUCGUUGACUUCGAAACACCACCGAAGAAUCGUGAGACCGAGAUGUUUAUGAGACUUCAAACUGACAUAAUGAACGGUGAACCACCUGAGAUCUAUACCGAUCUGAAUGGACAUCAAAUGAUAAAAAGAAGGAAAAUAGAGAGAAUUGGUAUAGAGGGUAAUUAUUACCCCAUAACGACGAUGGCUUACAUCGAGGACACCAAUCACAGAUUAACUUUAUUGGUUAACCACUGUCAAGGUGCAGCCAGUUAUCAACCAGGAUGGCUCGAAGUUAUGCUGGAUAGAAGGACACUCUAUGAUGACUCCAGAGGAAUGGGCGAGGGUCUUUUGGACAAUAGAAGAACUGUAAUAAAACAUUGGUUAUUACUCGAGGAUAUCGUGGGUGUUAGGGAUAAGUACUCGAAGCCAUCUCUGUUUGCCAAUCAUCUUAGCAAUGCCUUGAACUAUCCUGUAAAUAUCUUCGUAGUCGAUGGAACCGAAUCGGAAAUCAUUAUGACGCCAGAAGUUAGGCUUCUUAGUCAAAGUUUCCCUUGUGAUCUUCACUUACUCAACUUGAGGACAAAUCACGAUCAAAAACUGCCACAUUUUCCAGUUAACAACGCUCUGAUGGUUUUGCAUAGACAAGGUUACAGCUGUUCAGUUGGCGCUGACAUAACCCUAAAACAUUGUCCUUUGAGCGAUCGAUUAUCGCAAAGCACGACGUUCUUCAAGUUGUCUAAACUAAACGUCACGAAAACAUCUUUGACAGGUACAAAAACAAAACAUCAUUUGACGGACGGUCUUCAAGAAAUUGGAUUAAAGCCAAUGGAAGUCGAAACGUUUAAUGUUAAUUUCCUUCAAUGAUCUUAAGCUUCUCUCUCGGUUCAAUAUAUCGUCAUAUAUGAAAGUGGUCAUAAUAUACUUUGUUAGAACCGAGGAAGGACUUUAAAGAAUUGGUCUCUCUUUUUUCUUCUUUUUUUUUCUUUUUUUUUUAAGAGAACACUGCCGAUCAUUCGAUACUGGCUAAACUCAUUCGUUCGAUCGACGAAGAUUUUUGUAAAUAUAAUCUUAUUACGCACCAAACAUUCGUAAUGUGCGAAUUAAAAUCGUGCGCCUUAACGAAUACGAUCAAUCGAACAUUUUCUUCCGAUCGAUCCAAUACAUUUUCGGAUAGAAAUAAAAUUAUUCGAGAGUCAAAACACCGAUUUAUAUAACAUUAUCGUCCGCAAAUGUACAUUGAUCGAUUUAGCUAUUGUUCAAAUUUUUUCGGACCGAGAAAUCGUUUGUUGAAAACCGAAUUUCAUUCUUUCGAAAUGAUAAACACGAGAAUCAAUACCAAAUGCAAUGAUAACGAGUUUAACGAGUUUCAAUCUACCUUCAAAACUUUUACAUUGUACUUAUAGAUUUUUAAUCAUAUUAUUUAAAAAAAAAAAUUAAAAAAGAAAGAAAAAAUUCGGUCGGUCUAUUGUCGCUCGAAGAUAUAAAGAAUUCUACCUUACCGAUGAAUCUAAAAAGAAAUAGUUAAUAGCAUAAAAUUCGAAGAAAAAUUUGUAUUAUUGACGAAAUUUAUUCAUUUUAUCUUGUAUUAUCAUUGCCGAAGAAACGUGGAUGAUCCUAAAAAAAAAGAAAAAAAAAAGUAAAGAGAGAAAGGGGAAGUGGCGAGAAGAGAGAAAGUAUACUGACUUUAAAUAUGACGUAUACGUUUCCGACGAGUUUCUUUAAAUUUUUAUCGAAGUCAAUACGAAAGAUUCUCACCAAUCAUAAAAUUGGGAAUGUCGAUAGAUACGAAAAAGAAUCGUCGAGAAACGGAAAAUAUAGAGACAUUGUACAUAUCAAGCCAUAACUUUACCGUAGAUCGUAUAUUACGAUAAGAAAAUAAUGUAAAUGAUAUGCACCUAUUUUCUUAUGCCAAACGUUUUAUCGCCAACUCUGUCCCUUUCUCUCGGUCUCUAUUGCGCUCGCGUGCGCUUUUUUUCUCGUUGAAAGAAUAACCUCUUGAUUAUGUCGAAUCGAAUGUUCUUCCGAAAAAUGUAGACAUAUGUACAUACGUAUAUACGAACAUACAUAUGUACGUACUUCUUUCAAAUGUGAUACAUGUUAUCUCUCAAUUUUUUAAUUCGUUAAUAUUUGGACAAAAAUUAACCGAAAAAUUCGAAUGAAAUUUGAUUUCUAGCAAAAUAAAAAAUAUAUAUAUAUCUGAAUGAUCUUAUAUAUAUAUAUGUGUGUGUGUAUAUAUUUGGAGAUCAUUUAAAUUUUCCAUAGAAAAAGAAUAUCUAAUUUGAACGUACUAAAUUAGGGCGUUUUUAAACUCUUCCAAUAUCAACCUCAAAACGAAUUCAAUUGAAUUCAAUGAAGCGAUCAAACGAAUAUGACGUUAUCUUUUAUGUAUGUAUAUAUUCUUUUUAUUUUACUUUUUAAAAAGAUUGAAACGAAAAGUUGUACGUAACCGACGUUCACCAAUUAGACGACGAGCUCAUGUAAAUAUUAGAAUAAUUAACAAUAACGUCGCACAUUCCUGGUGAAUUUAACGUCGCGUUGGUCUAAACUGAAAUUGAAAUUAUCAAUUUUAAUAAAUAUCUUUCUAUUACUUUUACAUAUAUUUAAAAACGAUUCUAAAAACAUUUUUAAUCAUUUUUCUCUUUUAUAAUUUUUAUUCAUAACAACGUCAUUAAGUAAAGAUCAACUUCGUGAACGUCUUCGACAAGUGCUUUUAAGUACAAUACGAAUAGCAAAAAAUGAAUAUUCAAAUCUCAAUGAAAUUUCUUCCACUUUACGGUGCGAUAUGUUGAACUUAAAAAAAAAAUGCAAUGUUCUUAUUCAGAGGCUCAGCUUUUUACGCGAAUACUCGCAACACGGGUUUAAACGAUGCGAGCCAAUGCAAAAAUGUGUUUAUAGAUUAUAUAUAUAUAUAUAUAUAUAUAUAUAUAUAUAUAUAUAUACACAUACAUAUAUAUAUAUAAUGUAUAUGUAAAUAGAUGAUUAUUAUCGACAAAAUCGUUAAGUUGCGAUGUAACGAGAAACAUGAAAGGAAUUUACGAUAUUUACAAUGGCACGAUCGCAAGGCAGAAUUUGCUUUCGCUAAAAAAUUCCAUUCCUUCGAAGGAUCGACUGAUAAAAAUUCUAUUAAAAUUACGAUGUAAAAGUACUUCAUUCUUCUUUCUCGAUUAUUUUCCAACACCAAAAUCGAUCUUGCCAGUGUUAUUUUUUCCCUCCGCUCAAAUAAAUAGAAAAGACAAAUGAGGAAAAAAAUAAGAAUCGAAAGAGAUCUGCUUUGUCAACGCAGAUACGCUAUAAAAACAAAGGAACGAACUUUUUACGUCGAGCUGCAAACUCGACGUGAACAUUCUGUAUAUUUGUUCGAAUUAAUCAAGCAUUUGAAAUUGCGAUAUCUGCAAUGAACGAUUCUCGAUAAUUUUGUGGUUAAAGUAUCCUCUUUAAAGAGGGAAAUGCGAAAGGCCAAUGGAGGGAUCAACGACGACUCGUCCUGGCCUUUGUAACGAUAUUGUAAAAUAAUCUGUGUUUGUGCUGUCUCUAGAGAAAAAGAAUUCUAUAUGGAAAUAAAGAAAAAAAAUAUAUAUGUAUGUAUAUAUAUAUAUAUGUAUAUGUAUAUAUACGUAUAUACAUAAAUAAAUAUACAAAAAUAUAAAUAUAUAAAAAUAUAUAUAUAAAUAUAUAUUAUAAAUAAAUAUAUAUAUAUAUAUAUAUAUAUAUAUAUAUCGGCGUUGCUCGAGAACAUAAUUUGCAUACUUUCUGCGAACUAUUUCAAUAAGCAACGACGACGAUUAAUAAAUAACAAAAACAAAAAAAAAAGAAAAAAAAAUACGCGAUAUUCCUUAUGUUAUGAUGUAAUAUUAUAUUUAUUAAAUAAAGAUAGUAAGCGAUGUAUUUUAA